UCAAUCGGAACAAGGUAUAUAAAACCAAAUCCAAUUAUUUUCCUUUUUCCACACCCACAAACACGCACACGUUCUCCUCUCUCUCUCUCUCUCUCGCUCUCUCCAGUCGCCGCUGCGGUUGAAGCAGGAACCGGCGUACAAGAACCUGCCGGGUGCCGUCUCGGCGGGAGGUUGUGGCAGCGGUGGAGGCGGAGGGAGCGCGGCGGAGAUUGAGGCAGUUAAAGGCCGAUAAGGUUUUUGCUGAUAUUUUUGGAGAGCUGUGUCGAUCCGUUUCCAAAGUUGUGAACCUUGUUUUUCAAGUCAAAAACUGUUAUUCUUUCCUUUAAUGGCAACUCAGUAAAUGGUGUCACUAGCAAGUGAGAUGGAUCCACUGGAUUCUUUUCCAGGAUGCAUGGGAAGAAUGAUUAACAUGUUUGACGAUGGUACAAGCAUAACCAGAACCAAAAUGGUGACUGAGAGACCACAUAGAGAUGUUAUGACGAACUGUGCAGAUAUACCGAAUGAGCCUAUAGAUCCUGUUGGAGCUAAGAUGGAGGGGAAGCAUAUAGCAAGUAAAGACAGGAGUUCACCAAACAAGAAACCAAGUGGAACACCAAUCAAAAUGCUUAUGUCACAGGAGAUGCUGGGUGAUAUAGAGUUCGGUCAGAAGCCUCCAAGUGUUGUCGCAAGACUAAUGGGUCUUGAUUCCUUACCUAUGCAGCAACCAGUUCUAGUUGACAAGAACGUCAGGAACAAGGGGCAUCUAUUUGACGAUUUAACAGAACUUCAACCUCAUCGACAGAAUGAAGUUGAUUGCUUUGACAAAUUUAUGGUAUGUAAUAGUCAGUCUUUCAUCCAUGGGGAAACAUUUAAAGAUGUAUAUGAAGUACAGCAACCACCACAAAAGAGUGUUUGGAUCGAAAAGCAAUCUCUGCAGAAAGAAAGAUUUGAUGACAAUUCAUAUCAAAGGAGAAUGAGCCUUGUCCGUCAGAAGUUCAAUGAAGCAAAACUCUUGGCUACUAAUGAGGAGUUCAUUGAUUCUAAGGAGUUUCAAGAUGCCGUGGAAGUUCUUAAUUCAAAUAGAGAUUUAUUUCUUAAAUUUCUGGAGGAAUCGAAUCCACUUUUCACAAAGCAUCUCAUUGAGCUCCAGAGUGUGCCUAUACCCGCACAAAAAACACGAAUUACUGUUCUGAAACCUUCCAGCACCACUGUGAAAAAGAUUGACAAACAUAUUGAGAGGCAAUUACUUACAGAUUCAGUGGAAAGUAUCAGAAAAGAUAAUAAUCAUCAUUAUUGGACCCGUGAAUUAUUGCAGCCAAAGGGUCAGAAUUUGUCUCAGUCGACAAGGAUAGUGGUUCUGAAGCCUUGCCGCGAGAGAACUGAUUGUGUGAUGACUAAACUUCCUAACAAUCUUCCAAAACUGACGGAUGGUCCACUUUCUGGUGAAGCUAUGGCAAAUGGUGAAUUGACAGGUUCGAGAGAAAUAGACAAGGGGAUUGUUCAUCAGCUGCAAGAAAGCCUGAGUUACAACAAAGAAGAUGUAUUUUUAUCUUCUGUAUUGUCAAAUGGAUAUAUUGGGGACGAGAGCUCUUUUAAUCAGUCAGAAAGUGAGUACAUGGAAGAUGACAUUGGAUCUACAAGCGACAUGGAAAAUGCAACUCCAGCAACAGAGCAUUCUUGCAGUUGCAUGCAUAAUAUUUACAGUCCUAUCUCAGCUCCCUCCUUUACACGAGUAUCUCAUUCACCAGAGUCAUCUGUUACUCGAGAAGCUAAGAAACGCCUUUCAGAAAGGUUGGCUUUGGUAGCUUCAAGUGAUAAUUGUCAUGAGCCAAGCGAAUUAUGCAGAACCUCAAGCACCUUAGGUGAAAUGCUUGCAAUUUCUGAACUAAAGAUUGAAAGAAGCAAAGAUGGACUUGCUCUCUCUAGGAGCAAGUCAUCCAAGGAGGAAAAUGACACAAUGAUAUCCUCGGCAUUCCUGUCUUCAUCUGGAUCUAAGAAUGAUGAAAAUUUGCAUGGCAGCUUAUCAAGAUCAAAGUCAGUUCCACUUUCUCCAUCAGCUUGUGAAGUUGAUAUGUUGAAUGGGGAAAUCUCUGGUCCCCUGCUUGGUAAACCCAUUGUUCAGAUUGAGGGACCCAAGACAAAUAAUAGGAGAUCAUCUUUCAAGGAUAUGGUCUCUAGUUUUUUCUUCUCUAGAAGCAAGAGAUCAAGCAGAGGGAAGUCCUUCAGAUCUGCCUCAGUGCAGGAUGAAAGAGUACAGUUGCAAAGUUUCAGCAGUAAUAGUAAACUGAAUGAUGAUUUUUCAGAAUCUUUUGAGGAAACUCCCUCAGCAGAGAUCAUACAGUGUACUGAAAACUUACACGAUGAGUCAACUGAAGGGAUAUUUCAUAAGGGUGUUGAUUCUCUUGAGAAACCCGAGAUAAUGGGAAACUGUAACCAAAGUUGUUUCAGCCAAACUUUGGCAGCAGACGACGUCAAUAAUGCUAUGUCACAGUUCUGCGCAAGUGCCAUCUCUGGUCGUCCACAAGCACUUUCUAGGUCUCCACCUAUAGAGUCAGUUCCGCGGUCCUUAAUGAGAAGUAGUCCGUACAUAGACGUAGCAUCAGUAAAGCCCUUGAUGCCUUCCAUGAUUAUCUCCAAGGCAGAUGAAGAAUAUGAUCAAUUUGUUUUUGUGCGAAAGCUGAUCCAAUCAUCUGGGUUAGAGAACAAGAAGAGCAUGAUUUUUGGUAGGUGGCAUUUGCUCGACAGUCCAUUGAAUCCUUCAUUGUUGUAUGAUUCAUUGCACAUGGAUGACGAGGAAGCCAAGCGAACCGUGAGCCACAGACUCCUUUUUGAUGCUGUAAAUGAAGCAUUAUUAGACAUUAGCCAAUCCACACUGUUUGCCGCCUGCCAUGGCCAUCAUAAGUUUGAUGUGAUGGGUGUUUCAACAUCCGGAGAAGUGUGGACGACUUUAAGAAACCGGUUAUCAGAUGAGAAGCUUGUGCCAAGUGAACCCAUCAGCAGCAGCGCAGUCAUAGAGUGGAUAGUGAAAAAUGAGGUCACAGGAACAUCAUGGAUCGAAUCGAAGUGGUUGGAAAUUUGUGAAUUCUGCAAAGAUAUUGCUGGGAAGGUGUUGGAAGAUCUGAUUGAAGAGGCACUGUGAGAAUCAUAAUGCCAUUCAUGAAGCCAAGGUUUGUUUAUCAUGUCUUUCUUUAGGGCCCCCCUUUUGCUUAGGGUUAUCAUUGCCCUUUCCAAGUUAAUUAUAAUACUAGUGUUCAUUGUCUAUAUGCACUAUAUUAGUAAUUCUGGAGCCUGAUCAAUAGUUCUCAUAUAUUGUUGAGUUGAUCUUAAUUAGUCAGUCUCAUUAUUUUAGAUUGCGCCUUGGAUCAGUUUUUUCUGUAUAAGAAUUAUGUAGCCAAUACCAAAUAGUUGGGAUUCACAUCUCUUAUUAUUGUUGUAUGAAGAUGUUUAA